AUGUUCUUUAUGCUGAAGUUUCAACAAAUGGGUUUGCCUAACGCAUUUAGGUUCCUUACGGGACACGACAGUCCCGACAAUAAUUCAGGUGGUGACAAACGGGAUAAGCACAUGACGGAGGCUACAAAAAGUCCAGGAGGUCCAAAACCACCAACUUUAGACUUAAACAUUGAAGCAAAUCGCUUGAAGACUUUUGAAAAUUGGCAUGUGACGUUCAUCGACAAACACCAGCUAGCUUUGUUAGGAUUCUAUUAUUACGGUCCAAGUGACAUGGUGAAAUGUUAUUUCUGUGGGGUGGAAAUAGGAAUGUGGGAGGAAGGCGACGAUGUUCUAACAGAUCACAUGAGAUGGUCGCCAUCAUGUAAUUUAAUAAGACGAAAUGAAACAAAUAAUGUGCCGAUUAGUGAGGCUGUUUUAAAUCAAACACUCCCCCCAGCACCAGAACCAGAUGUAGAACGAAUGCAUACUGUGAGUGAAGGUGCGAUAGAAACGUUAAGUGAAGAUGACAUUCACAUGUAUCAACAUCAAAUCUAUGGACAAGGCGGACUUGAAGCUGUUCUUCGAGGAACUUUGAAUUUAUCAUCAUCAACACGACCGACAAUUUCACGACCCGAACAUCCGGAAUUCGCUGUUGAAGCGAAACGACUUGAAAGCUAUGAAGAUUGGCCAAAAACGAUGCGACAAAAGCCACAACAAUUAAGCGAUGCUGGCUUUUACUAUACAGGAAAAGGCGAUCGAGUUUGCUGCUUUAGUUGUGGUGGUGGAUUAAAGGAUUGGGAAGAGAAUGACGAUCCAUGGGAACAACAUGCGAUGUGGUAUGGAAAAUGUGAAUAUCUUAAACUGAUGAAAGGCGCUGACUUUAUUGAGAAUAUGGUGAAACAAAGAGAAGAAAUUUGCAAGCGAUCAAGUGAAGGGAUGGCUUCGUGUAGUUCGCAAUCAUCUCAAGAAUCGUUAAAAGAUGUUCAAAGCAGCAGUUCAAAUGAAAGUAAACAACAAGAAAAUUCCGAUAAAUCAGAUGAAGAAGAAGAGAAAAAGGACUCAAAAUUGUGUAAGAUUUGUUACAGUAAUGAAUACAACACAAUUUUCCUACCGUGUGGUCAUGUCAUUGCAUGCGCGAAAUGUGCAUCAAGUGUCUCAAAAUGUCCUGCGUGUCGACAACCAUUCGAGAAUGUUAUGAGAGUUUACUUUUCAUGA